AUAACCUCCUCCUUCAAAGUGAUGGAAACUCGGCGCUUUGGAAAAUGCAUUUCUGUUGCUAUUUUGAGGAUGGGUUUUUGAUAAGUUUGGGAUCUGCACACGGGUUAUGCCAUGAUCCACACACACACACUGGAAACCUCUCUAUUAUUAUAGAAAUGUCAUGCUGUUUACUGCUUUCGUAGCUGUUCAUUAACGAUAACACCAUCCGUUGAACAAGAUCCUUGAUUUUGCAAAAACCAAUUUGUGAUUUAUCCCUUCUGUGCUUGUAAAUUGUUGAAAUUCGUUCAUCUUUUUUGUUGGACGCCGUCAGUUCGUUACCAAAGCCACCCUCCUGCGUGCACAGAGCCGCAAGUACAGCGCGCGCGUUUUGAUUUUGACCAAGUAGUGGACGCCUUUGAGCAAGCGAUUUUUUACGGGGACCUGUUGGGGAGGACAUUGCUGGCAGUGAGGACAUGAACACCCAUUGAACGCAUUGGCAGAUUGGGACUCUGUGUUUACACGUUCAAGAUUUAUAUUCUGACAAUUGCCCAUUUGCACUCCCAUUCCGAACAUUCAACUGUUCCUCACACUAGCGCACUACCCAGCAUAAACACUUCUUUCAUCGCACUCAACACCGAGAGAGAGAGAGAGAAAGACUGAGCGUGACCAAACGACUAAUCACGACGCCCUCUGCGUGCGCGCCGAGAUAUGUUUGUAGAGUCCCACGCGCAGGCACCUCCUUUUACGCUUGAUUCGUCGCCUGCGUCGGUCACAAAUCACCAUAGUCCGUUCGUUCCUCGCUCGUGUUCCAAACUUGAAAUGUCACCUGAGGUGCUAAAUGGAACUGUAAGACGUGAGGAAAAGGCAGAAGGAGUUGCUGAGGCGCGGACAACUCUGCAGAAUUCCCCUGACGAAAAUGUACAAGUGGAGGAACAGGGAGGCGAAGACGGUACUGUUGACCUUGAAAUGGACAGUAUGAGUGAUGAAAAUAUAAGGGAAGAAACAAGGCAGAGGGGAAGCGAGGAAAUAGCGGCGGUGGAAGCACAACGACUGUCCGAGAACCUUGUCGAGUCGCCAGCAAUUGUUCAGCCCGCCAACACGGAUGGUAGUUCCGAAGAUACGGCUGCCAACAGCAUCAGCAACACAGUACCGGACAUCGACGGUCAGAAAACACCAGCGAAUGGCUCCCCGAUGGAUUUUUCAUCGCUUCUUCCCCAGCGAAAACGACGACCCUCUUCAAUCGCUGAAGCAAAUGUAACUGCGGCUGCGGUAUCCGAAAUGCCCCGACGUCCAUCUUCAACCUAUAUACGAAGCUCCUCUGAAGAAAAUGCCCCCAAGAUGUUCCGACCACACGCACCACAACGAACCAAAACCAUGUCCGGAUUCUCUACUGUAACACCGUCGCGGCCCACAAUGUCUGGUUUCAUGGGGAAGCCGCGACGCCCUUCAUCAGCUCCUAAUGUCAACUCUGCAUCGCCACGAAGUAGAAGCAAAUCGGAACCCUUUUCUGCGAACCCUCUACCACCAAACAGUCGAUCCGCAUCUGUGGGCACGUCCCGCAAGAGCUCAGAACCAGUAUCACCGGACAGUGCUAGCUCCCCGCUUGCAGUUCACCGACGGCCCUCCACUCAAUCCAUGGACUCUGUUUCGAGCACACCGACCCAAGGUGACGCGACAGAGGACGAGUCUUACUUUGUCUUGGCCCGGUUGGAGGAGGAAAAGGAGGUUACAAAGGAAGAAGUCGAAAAGGAAGAAACCAAGAAAGGGUGGUUCUCUCCCGCGGCUUAUCUGCAAGCAAGUUUCCAAGCUGUGAAAGAGUCCAUGUUGGGAGAGGGAAGAGGGCCAGAGGAGAAUGAAAUCGAAACAGAUUGGGAGUUUUGGGGCAAAGUGAUGAAUGACUACGAAACAACUGUUCGCAAGCACCCUCGCACAUUCACACGAAAACUACAUCAAGGAAUACCUGACUCUCUACGUGGAAUGGUGUGGCAACUCAUAUGCAAAGGAAAAGACCCGGACCUGGAAAACCAAUACGCAACUCUAAUAACCCGCACUUCCAUUCAUGAGAAAGUGAUUCAACGAGAUUUGGCGCGAACAUUUCCGAAACAUGAACGAUUUCAGGAACCUGGAGGCCCAGGACAGGAGAGCUUAUUCAAUAUCAUCAAAGCUUAUAGCUUGUAUGACACAGAAAUCGGCUAUUGCCAAGGAAUUGCAUUCGUCGUUGGUGCCCUUUUGUUGAAUAUGCCCGAUGAGGAGGCUUUUUGCGUACUAGUACGGCUGAUGAAAGACUACAAGCUCCGAGAGCUGUACGCCCCUCAGAUGGUUGGACUGCAACUACGAUUAUAUCAGUAUGAUGAGCUACUUGAAGAACAGUUUCCAGCCGUUGCCAAGCAUUUGGAAGAGCAGGAGGUGAAGAGUACCAUGUAUGCCUCACAAUGGUUUAUGACCAUGUUUGCCUACCGCUUUCCUUUGUCCGCCGUUUUCCGAAUCAUGGACGUCAUCUUUGCCGAAGGCGUUGAUGCCAUGCUCCGUUUCGCCCUUGCCUUAAUCAAACGUAACCAAGAUAUCAUCCUUACCCUCGACUUUGAAAAUCUCCUAGAGUUCCUCAAAAACGGGUUAUUCGACGUGUACGCCGACAAUGUCGUGGCUCUCAUCUACGACGCGGCGUCCAUCCGCAUCUCUAAAGGAAGAUUGGACAAACUUGCCGCUGAACACGCUGAAGCCGUCCGCAUGGCCAGCCCAGAACACAUGGAAGCGGAUGCCCUCCGCGCAGAAAUGCGAAGAAUGAUGGAAACCAUAAAGCGAAUGGAAACCGAGUACGAAAUCCUCAACCGUGAACACGUCACAUUGGCCAACAGACUCUUGGAAGCAACUGUUUGUUCUGAGCGCGAUCGGGAACGAGCAGAUACACUCCAAACCCGUGUAUCGGAACUAGAAGCCCGAGCAGCGGAUGAGCGGAAAAUGGCUGAACAAGCUGUUCAAGCGGAGAUGGAACGCUUGGCUCACAAGAACCUGGAACUUACUGCGCGGAACGCAGAAUUGCAAGAAGAGGUCAUUGGAUUGCAGGAUGUCGUUGCUGAGACGAAACUCAAAUGGGCGGAUUGCGAGAAUCAGAGAUCAGAGUUGCAGAGAAAGUGGGAUGGAUUGAAGAAGGUUUUGGGAUGAUGUGUUGCAUUGAUACCUUUUUUUUUUCAGUAAUAGUGUUGUUUCUUUUUUUUUUUUUUCGACAUACUUUUGUGUUUUGCCGAUGUAGUGUUCUGUCUCUGCCUAUGGCUUUUUUUUGUUUCUGUAAGAAUUAUUCUCGUACUGUUACUUCCCUUCCGCUCCAUGAUGUUUUCCUGCUCUAUGCUUUUUUUUGUAUUGAUGAGUAACGGUUUUGGACCUGAUAAUUCAUUUAAACGAGAAAUAAAUCCCACCCUGAAGCUUGGUA